AUGCAGCCAGUCGGACCAAUCAAGCCUACUGGUGCCGUUCCAGCUGGGCCUCCGUCUGGUACUCCUGCAGCUGGGCCGUCAGGGGCUGCACCCUUCCCAUUUCCACCAAAGAACUCUGGCGGAUUUGCUGCCCCAAGUGUUGGCAUGGAGCCGCAUCACCACCAUCAUCCCCACGACCCAUCCUUUCCGACCGGCAAGAAGCCAGGUCAAGGCGAAUCAUUCUCCUUCCCAGCACCAACCGCUGCGCCAAGCCUUCAUGUACGUGACGCCCAGUUCGGUAGCGGCGGCUUCCAGUCCGAUAUCACCACCGCACCUGGAGCUGCAGCGACGGGUGGCUUUGGCGGCGAGCCUUUCUCAUUCCCAGCUGGUGGCUCACCAUUCUCCUUUCCAACCGGUGGGAUUGGAGGAGGUGCCGCUGCUCCGACAGGUUCCUUCGGAGGCGGCUCCCCGGGUGCAGGUGGUAAUGGUGGCAACAAUGGGCCACUCCCCAGCUUUUCGCUCCCUGCAGGCGGUCUUGGGGGCGGAGCUGGCUCGGCUGCCCCGACAGGCGGGUUCCCAGGCGCAGGUGGCAAUGGUGGCAAUAACGGGGCACUACCCAGCUUUUCAUUCCCUGCAGGUGGUUUCGGGGGAGGUGCCGCUGCUCCUACAGGUUCCUUCGGAGGUGCAGGCAGCAAUGGCGGCAAUGCUGGGGCACUCCCCAGCUUCUCAUUCCCUGCAGGCGGCUUCGGAGGAGGAGCUGGCUCGGCUGCUCCGACUGGAACCUUCGGAAGUGGAUCAGGCGGAAACGGUGCAGGCCUCCCUAGCUUCUCCUUUCCCAUACCGACCGAGAGUGGCGCUGCCAUUGGCGCUCCCACCGAUCCAGCACGGUUCGAGAAGUUCCACCACCAUCACCAUCAUUCAGGCAGCUUUCCUGGAUUUCCCGCACCCACCGGAGCGUUCCCUUCUUCUUUCCCUACUGGCUUUCCCUUUCCCACGGGAUCUCUCGGCGGGUCGCCUGGGUCGGGUGCUGGUCCUACUGGCGUUGCCAAGUACGACCGUGUGCAUCCUCACCACUCCAGUCAUUCCUCUGGCGUCGCUGCUCCGAGUGGUGGAUCUCCGGCUCCUUCAGGGGGUGCUGGUACUGGCCCCGGCUCAGCUACUAAGCCGAGCUUCUCCUUGCCUGCUGCGUCAUUCACGCCUGUCGGUCCUAGGCCAACGCAUAGUGCAAGCUACUGGGGUGCUUAA